AUGAAGUUGUACACACUACUAAUAGUGCUGGGACUAUUUACCAGUCCGGUAUGGACGAAGGAUAGUAACGAAGUGAAGAAAAAUCAAACAUUUGUGGCAACCCAUGAAUGGCAGGAAAUUCCAGAAGGUCAAGGAAUACCUCAGGGUCUACAUGUCCGCAUCAAUUUGCAAACCGGAAAGAAGGAAGCUAAACUUUUGGAUGAAACCGAUGACAGUAGCAAUGAUCCUUUAAAAGUUAUGCACAAGGAUGGAGCAUUAUCCGUUUUGCCCGAUGACUAUGACAUGGUUAAAGAGGAGGAAGACGAAGAGGGCGACAGUGAAGCACCGGAAGACUAUAACGGUGAAAAUGGACAACCCAAGAAAGUUAAACAUUUGGAUGAGGCCCUUAAGCGAAUUGGCAUUGAUUAUAAUCCCGAGGAGAAAUUGCAAAAUAUAAAGCGCGAAUUCCGUUCCUAUGAAGAGCUGAAGAAGACAUUUGAAGGAAUGCGUAAAGCUUUUAAGUCGGAUGGUGAAAUUAUCGUACAACUGAUUGAGGAAUUCCAUAAUAUCACCAAGGAUAGCAAAGAUAUGGAAGUCCGCAUUAAGACACAGACGCAAAUAUUGGAAAGUUUCAAUUAUCUAAUGUCCCAAUAUGAUAAUGCCCAGCUGUUUGUGGAACAGGGAGGUUUGGAUCAAGUUAUAUUACCAACAUUGGUCAAUCAGACACAUGUGGGUUUGAAGGUGGAAGUUAUGCGUGUCCUCGGUGCAAUGUGUCAAAAUAAUCCCAAAGUACAAAUUAAGGUGUAUGAACGUAAUGUGGGCUCACAUCUCACACAAAUCCUAAUGAGCUCAACACGCACCGAGGAACUCUCCACAGCUCUAUAUGCUUUCAGUAGCUUGCUGCGCAAGUUUCCACAUGCCCAACAGCGCAUACUUUCCACAUCGGGAACACAAGCCUUGGUUUCAGUCUUGGGUAAAGAAGCAGAAUUGAAAAUAAAAGCCAAAGCCGUUACCAUUAUCAGUGAUAUAAUUGUGGAAAAAGAAUUGGUUCUCUCCAAAUCAUCAGCCGAUGAUGAUCCGCUGGCGGCGGCACAAUAUGCCGAAUUAAGUUUCCCCGAAUGGCUUGAAGCCAAUUCGUAUUGUGAAACAAUGGAUGGCCUUGUUACAACUAAUCUCUAUGAAUUCCUCGAGGCACCUGAUAUAUUGGAAUAUUUUACAAAUGCUCUAGAGAAUACAAAAUCGUUUUGUUCACCUCUGUGGUCACAGAGUCCACAAUUUCGACAUGUCCUCCUGACACUACGAAAUCGUUAUUCACAAUCGGAAGAUGAAUAUCGUUUGGAUAUUUCGAAAUUGUUAAAAAUCCUAAUAGAUAAAUUAUAUCCUGAAUCAAUUAGACAUGAUGAGUUCUAAACUCCAGUGUAUCAUCAUCUUAAGAAUACUUAAA